CAAUCAAAACCCAAAAACAAUUUAGUUCCAAAUCAGGAGAAACUCCCGCAGAGAGAUGGAAACAGAAAAACUUCCCAUAAAAUCUUUUAUUGUUGCUUUUAUUGUCUGUUGGUUUUAUUGCUGUGAAGCUCGCGCAGACCGAACAGACGGACUUCCUGGUUGAGCGUGCGCUGACGCUGCGUGUGCGUCAGUUGCUCGCCGCAGCCUGAUCUUUGGGUUUUUCUGCGCCGUUUCUCUCUGCGCUGAAAGGUCAGUGGAGGAGUUGGCUCCAAAAUAUCUCUACAUGUUUGCGGACAUGCGCAGUGGGGAGAUGCCAUAUUGAAACGGGGGCAGCGGCGGCAGCAGCUGAGACAGGAGGAGGGGGGGUCUGCGGAGGACAAACCGGGACAGGUAAGACAGGUCUGAUCGGGACGUGAAGCAAUGCUCUGAGGCCGAACCGAAGCCUCAGGAGAGUUCAAAGGUCAAAGCGGCAGGAUGCAGACGGGCGCUCAGGAUCAACCGACCAAUGGGAAGGAGCAACAGGUGACCACAGGUGCCGAGUCCAUGGAGGAAGAGUUCAUGUGGGAGGAGUACCUGGAGGAGACGGGAGCCACCGCUGCCCCACACACCAUCUUCAGACAUGUGGAGGUCAGCCUGCAGAGCAGCUUCCAGCCUGGCAUGAAGCUGGAGGUGGCCAGUAAGAGCAGCCCAGAGACCUACUGGGUGGCCACCAUCAUCACCACCUGCGGCCAGCUGCUGCUGCUGCGCUACAGCGGCUACGGCGACGACCGCAGGGCCGACUUCUGGUGCGACGUGAUGACGGCCGAGCUGCACCCGGUGGGCUGGUGCGCCCAGAACCACAAGACGCUGACGCCUCCAGAAGAGAACUCUUACCUGAGGACAGCCAUCAGGGAGAAAUACAGCGACUGGACAGAGUUCCUGGUUCAGGACCUGACCGGGUCCAGAACGGCGCCGGCCAACCUGCUGGAGGGGCCUCUGCGAGGGAAGAACACGGUGGAUCUGAUCGUGGCCGGCUCGGUUCUGGAGCUGCAGAACCUUUCGGACCCGCUGCUGUACUGGCCGGUCCGGGUGGUCCAGAACGUCGGCGGCCGGCUCCGGCUGCGGCCCGUCGGACUGAGCGAGCGGCACCGGGCGCGGGACACCUGGCUGUUCUACCUGGACGUGAGGCUCCGCCCCCUGGGCUGGGCCCUGGAGAACCAGCUGACCCUGGAGCCGCCCGCAGACCUCAGGCCGUUGCUUAGCGACCAUGACUGGCAGCAGGCUCUGCGGGACGCGCAGGCGGACGGACAGAAGGAUGCGCUGCCGCUGGAGGUGUUCAAGGACCACGCGGACCUGCCCAGACACGCCUUCAGGACCGGGAUGAAGCUGGAGAUGGUUUCUCCGUGGGAGCAGCUCCUCAUCCGGCCUGUUUCCGUCACCAAGGUCUACAGUGACACCUACUUCCAGGUGACCUUGGACGACCUCUGCGCCGAAGACACGCCCCGCUCCACCGUGUGCCACGCCAACUCGCCCGGCAUCCUGCCGGUCCAGUGGUGUCUGAAGAACGGCGUGGCGCUGGAGCGGCCCGGGGGCUACGAGGGCCCGGACUUUGACUGGGCCGACUACCUGAAGCAGAGCGGCUCCGAGGCAGCGCCAGACGCCUGCUUUCCUGAUACCGGAGACACUCGAGGCUUUGCUGAGGACAUGUGGCUGGAGGCGGUGAACCCGGAGCGUCCGGAGGAAGUGUGUGUGGCCCGGAUCAGUCGGGUCCGCGGCCGCCUGCUGUGGCUGCGGCUGGAAGGCGUGCUGCAGCCGCAGUCAGAAUGCAUCGUGGAUGUGGAGUCCAUGGAUAUCUUCCCAGUGGGCUGGUGUGAGGCCAACGCUUACCCUUUGACCCCGCCGCUCAGGCCCGUGUGCCAGAAGCAGAAGAAGGUCGCCGUCGUUCAGCCGAAGAAACAGUCGGCUCCGCCGGCCGAAGCGCCUCCUGUUAACGCCUGCCAGCCCGUCGCCAUGGAUACGGGCGCAGCGAACGGCCGCUUCUGCUGCUCCCGGGUUUUUGUGAACCACCGCUGCUUCUCAGGGCCGUACCUGAACAAGGGCCGCAUCGCAGAGCUGCCGCGCUCAGUGGGGCCCGGGAAAUGCUCGCUGGUGCUGAAGGAGCUGCUCAGCAUGCUGAUCAACGCCGCCUACAAGCCGGGCCGCGUCCUGAAGGAGCUGCAGCAGCUACAGGAGCCUGGCUGGGACAGCCAGGAGGAAACGCUCAAAGCCAAGUACAAGGGGAAAACGUAUCGCUCCACUGUCCGCAUCGUUCGCCUGGCCGAGCAGAUCCCAGAUUUCUGCAGGAAGGUUUGUGUGAAGCUGCAGUGCUGCCCCAACCUGUUGGGCCCCGACCUCAUGGCCGACAAAUGCCCCGAGAACUGCUCCGUCCAGACCAAGACCAAAUACACAUAUUACUACGGCAAGAAGAGGCGGCUCCCCAAGGCGGCGACUGGAGACGAGGCCAAGCCGGCGCGCCGACGGAGGAAGAGGAAGGCCAUCUUCGUCCAGAAGAAGAGACGCUCGUCCAACAUGGACUACACCGCUGCAGGAUCUCCUCAGGACAGCGACGAGGAAGAGGAGGAGGAUGAAGAGCUGAUGCAGUCCUGCAGCGAGGGCAGCAGCUCCGAGCCGCGAGACGAUCAAACCGACGCCUCGUCUGUGGAGGCGACCAGCGGCGGCGGCGGGCGGCCACGCCGGGCCGCGACGCUGCGCAGAGCCUUCAGCGCCGCGGCAUUUGGAUCGUUUGGCUCCGGACCGUUCGGCGCCGACCGCCAGCCUCUGGACGGGCACCGGCGCUCGACCCGCUCCCUGUCCACCUGCAGCCAGAACAACAGGCAGCAACAGAAAGACGUCAAGGUGGAGCAGGAGGAUGGCCAGCUGGUUCUGGACCGGAACCCGCUGGAGUGGAGCGUCGACGAAGUCAUCCAGUUCAUCAACUCCACCGACUGCGCAUCACUGGCCAACAUCUUCAAGGAGCAGGACAUCGACGGCCAGGCGCUGCUGCUGCUCACGCUGCCCACCGUCCAGGAGUGCAUGGACCUGAAGCUGGGCCCGGCCAUCAAGCUGUGCCACCAGAUCGAGCGCGUUAAGGUCGCCUUCUACAAGCAGUUCGCCUGAACUGGAGACCUGCUGCCUGCUGCCGCCACAUUACCACAACGCAUUAGAUCAUUUCUGUUUUUGUUUGAAUCUGUUGAACCUGAAGCACAAAGAGGAAGAGACGAUCUCUGGAAGGAUUUAUUUUGGUGUUGUUCCUGUUCGAUUUGCUCUGCCGAUCUGUGAAGAAUUGUUUAAUUUCCUUUUUAUUCGUAGGGAAAUCUCGGCUUGUUUCUGUUCGUCUGAUUGGUUCCCUAAACAUUUAAUCUAAAAGUCGUAAGGAGUAAUAUAUUGUGAGAUAUUUAUUAUUUCCUGGUAUUUAAGAAGAAUCUGGAACGCUUGAUUUACUGCACUCUCUCCUUAUUGUUACAGAAAAGAGAAAAAUAAUCUAAGCUAUUUUGUGUUUAUCUAUGCAAUUGUGUUGCAGAUAUUUUUGAUAAAAUACAUUUCUACGGAUUUGUAGUUUUAGCUGUUUUUCAAUGAUGCAUGAUGAACUGGUUAUUGAUGCCAUUUUAGUCUUUUUAUUUAUCUGAACAGUUCAUUUUCUAGAGUUGUGUUCUAGAAACAAGAAGAAAAUCAACUUUGACCUUUCCAAAAAGCAAAAAGGUCAAAGGUGAUUCGACCAAAGCUCAACUCUUCCGGCAUCAGACUUUCUGUGAAUUAUAUGAUUUUGUUUAUCUGCUGUGAAAAAAUGAGGUUUUGUUUUUCAAACUCAUAUUUUGUGCCAUUUUAUGUUUUAUGUGCCAUUUCUCAGUCAGAUCGGACCAAACUGAAGCUUAAAGCUAACUGUUAGCCUCUCAGUCAGAUCAGACCAAACUGAAGCUUAAAGCUAACUGUUAGCCUCUCAGUCAGAUCAGACCAAACUGAAGCUUAAAGCUAACUGUUAGCCUCUCAGUCAGAUCAGACCAAACUGAAGCUUAAAGCUAACUGUUAGCCUCUCAGUCAGAUCAGACCAAACUGAAGCUUAAAGCUAACUGUUAGCCUCUCAGUCAGAUCAGACCAAACUGAAGCUUAAAGCUAACUGUUAGCCUCUCAGUCAGAUCAGACCAAACUGAAGCUUAAAGCUAACUGUUAGCCUCUCAGUCAGAUCAGACCAAACUGAAGCUUAAAGCUAACUGUUAGCCUCUCAGUCAGAUCAGACCAAACUGAAGCUUAAAGCUAACUGUUAGCCUCUCAGUCAGAUCAGACCAAACUGAAGCUUAAAGCUAACUGUUAGCCUCUCAGUCAGAUCAGUCCAAACUGAAGCUUAAAGCUAACUGUUAGCCUCUCAGUCAGAUCAGACCAAACUGAAGCUUAAAGCUAACUGUUAGCCUCUCAGUCAGAUCAGACCAAACUGAAGCUUAAAGCUAACUGUUAGCCUCUCAGUCAGAUCAGACCAAACUGAAGCUUAAAGCUAACUGUUAGCCUCUCAGGUAGAUAAUAUGAUCAGCAGCUUCCAGACAUUUGGAAUCGAUUCUCAUCUCAGAGGAAAGUA